AUGUUCGCCUACUCACCUUAUUUUCUCGCCCCGAUGCAUUCUCAAUCCCAUUUUCUUUUCAUUUCCAUUCCUCCGUACCGUAUCAGCUUCAUCGAACCAGGGAGCACUUCACUCUUCUCUUACUUCUCUCUCCCAGCUUCUCUCUCACCUUCUCGCGCUUUGCAGCCUGCCAGAUCGAAAGUCGUACAUUCUCAAUUCCACGCUGCACUUACACUGCACCUUAUUUUUCAGUGUCAAACAUCUGGUACACUUGACUCACUGCCAUUCAUUAGCACAUGUUCCCUAAAAGCGUACCAGCACUCUCCCGUGAGUCUCUCGUCAGUCUCUCAUCAGUCCCUCCACCAACCCUUCUCUCUUCCACCCCUCUUUCCCUUCCCUCUCACCUACCAAUCUAAAGUCGUGCAUCCUCAAUUCCCAUGCGAUUUUUCACUAUCAAUUUUUCUUGUCUAUUUAUUUUGGAGCAUCAGGGAGGAGAUAAAAAAUUACAAAUAG